CAGAGAGACAUGUCAGGAGGUGAUAAGUUCUCAUCAAUACUUAAGCUAACAGAGCUUGACGACUUUAUAACACCAUCUCAAGAGUGUAUCAAACCUGUUGAGAUUCUUAGAACAAAGGUUUGUAAAGGAACAAAUGUACAUAUAGAAUCGGAUGGAACAUAUAUGGAGGUGGGCGAUGAUGGCCAAAAGAGCAAGAUGGAGAAGGCAACGAUUACGUUGAAUGAUUGUCUGGCUUGUAGUGGUUGUAUUACAUCGGCAGAGAGUGUAUUGAUCACCGCACAGAGUACUGCAGAGUUUAUGAGUGUAUUGGCAAAGAAUGCAGAGUCUCGUCAGUAUACUGUGGUCGUGUCGCUGUCGCCCCAGUCAAGGGCAUCGAUCGCCGCACACUUUGGCGUGUCGUCCAAGACCGCCCAAGCACGUCUCGAGUCAUUCUUCCAGCAAACACUCAAAGUCGACUAUGUAUUCGACACGGGAUUCAGUCGCGAGUUCUCCCUGCUCGAGUCAUGCGCAGAGUUUGUCGCUCGCUUCAAAAAGACCAUUGACGCACCACUACCCAUGCUAUGCUCGGCAUGUCCUGGCUGGAUCUGUUAUGCCGAGAAGACACAUGGCGAGUACAUCCUACCCUACAUCAGCACGACCAAGUCGCCACAACAGAUAAUGGGCACACUAGUCAAGUACUACUUAGGUGACAAACUGCUCAACAAUCAAUCAAACAGACCAUCAGAGAUAUAUCAUGUAACGAUCAUGCCUUGCUAUGACAAGAAGUUGGAAGCAUCAAGGAGUGACUUUUAUUCGGACUUGUUCAAGAGCAAGGACGUAGAUUGUGUGCUGUCCACUUCAGAGGUGCUCGAGCUACUCAAGGAGAAGAAUGUAGACUUCAACUCAAUCGAUGAGACGAUGGCAGACACAGGCAGUGCCCAGGAGGCACAACAGGCACAACUCAAUCGAUGCCUGUUCAAGAACAUCGAUGAGUCGAGCGGUGACUUGUUUGGUGUGGAGGGAUCGUCUGGCGGCUACUUUGAGUUCCUGUAUCGCUACGCCGCCAGGGAGCUGUUUGGCAUCACCGUGGACAAGAUCGAGUACCAGACUGGCAGGAACACAGACUUUAUGGAGGCGUCGAUCGAGGUGUCUGGCAAAAAGGUGUUGUGCUUUUCCAAGGCCUAUGGAUUCAGGAACAUUCAAAACAUCGUGCGCAAGAUCAAGACUGGCAAGAUACCUUAUCACUUUAUCGAAGUGAUGGCCUGUCCGUCGGGAUGCAUCAACGGUGGCGGUCAGAUCAAGGCGGGCAGCGGCACGAUCAAAGAGCAAAAGGUAUUGAUACAGCAGAGCGAGGACAGGUACAAUGAGCAGUCUGUCAAGCUGCCCCUGGAGGACAAGCGUGUCACAGAGAUCUAUGACCUAUGGCUGAACGGUGUCUUCUCUGCCGAUGCCAAAUCCAAGUUA